GUUGAUUCUUGGGUGCGCCAUGAAUGAGGUUGCCUGAGCGGAUUUCAUGGACUUGCCAUGUACCUCCGUCUAGUGCAGAUAUGCAUACGCGGCAGUCGCCUGCGCCGACCUCGCGGUUGCCUCUGGAGCUUCGAGUUUGGCUUCGGCAGCGGAGUCGGCCCGUCUCAGCUAUCGAACCCAGGCCAUUUUCGGGGAGUCCUGGUGCGGAAAGGCGCGUAGCUCCGGGCCUAGAUAUUUGCGGGUGGAGGUGGAGUAGUAAUUCCACAAUGCCUCCGCCCACGUAACGCAGAGUGGUAAGGCAUCCUUAUUCUUCUUCGGUAGAUGGAGGUGCGGGAAAGGGGCGCCUUGCUUUACCUCGUUUCCAUGAGAUAG